AAUGAUUGACAAUUACAUCCGACGAUAUGAUACUUUAGUGAAAGAAUUGUCUAGUAAACAUCGCAAGGAUCUCAUUACAUGUGACGCAUCUGCAUUGACAUUCCAGGACAACAAGGCAUUGAAAGCUCGCCUACCCUCAAACUUCAGGGGUGAGCUGAAGUACGUCACCGCUGAUUUCAUCAGGGCCGCCGUCCCCGACCUCAAAUUCGUCGGCAUCAUGCGAGACCCGACGGCGAGACUCUAUUCGGCGUACCUGUUUUUUGAUGAGAGCAAGAAGGCGCGUAAAUCACCCGAGGAUUUCCACGUCCGCGUCGUAAAGGCGAUGGAGCAAUUCUACAAUUGUGUCAAAAAGCACGAACUUCAUUUUUGUACAUACAAUCAAGUCGUACCACACAUAAAUACAGGAUGUUAUUCGUUAUUCAUCCGAGAAUAUCUGGCCCGGUUUCCUCGGGAUCAAUUUUACUUUUUACGAACAGAGGACUGGUCCAAGUACCCUGCUCAUUAUAUGAAGGACAUAUUCUCAUUUCUAGAAAUCGAUCCUAUGUCUGAAGUAUUCCGACAAAAGGUGACGAAAGCAGGUAACCUCAAUCGGAGGAAAGUACGCGACAGAGCCCUUGGCCCAAUGUUGCCUAUGACACAGAAGCUAUUGGAUGAGUUCUACCGACCUUGCAACGAAGAUUUAGCCAAACUUCUCAACGAUGAAAAUUACCUAUGGCACUUAAAGACAUGAAUAUGUGAAAUCUGGGGCCCAUUUUCACAAAGACUUACGAUGGUAAUAAUUGAAACCUUGAUUGUGAUUGGUAGCUGAGCCCUGGUGGGUGUUUCAUAAAGCUGUUCGUAAAGUAACGCACAACUUUACGCACGACUGGAACAUGAACUUAGGUCCUAACUCAAUACAUAAGGAUAUAUCACUUGGCAUGAAAAAGGGUUACCAGUCGUGCGUAAAGUCAUUCGUAUCUUACGAACAGCUUUAUGAAACGCCCACCUGGUACCAUGGUAGUUGCCAUAAUGACAAAGUUAAGACAGUUCAUAUGAAAUGGGCCCCAGAAGAUUAUAUUGAUAUGCUACAUGCCAUUAUCACUAUAUUUAUUAUACAUGUAUCAGUGUAUAGCAUAUUGCUAUACAGUGCGUCCCAGAAAAAACGAAACCGAGAUUAAGCGAUGAUUUAUCAUAACUUAAUCACAAAUACAAUAGACAAAUGAGCUACCAAUGUAAAGCUUAGAAUCUCCUCUUUCAUCUGAUAUUAUUUAGAUUAUUUCUCAUUCAUGCAUGAGUGAGCAAAAACAAUUUGAAGAAAGGAUACCAAAAACUCAUUUGGCGGGGGUAUCUGAAUUUCAAAAAGAAAAUCACAUGCCUAAAAAGUUCAAUAUCUGCUCUUUUAUUUGAUACCUUAAUCACAGAAAAUGGUCAAGACUCAAGAAGUAAAAAAAAGUUAUGUUUAUGUUAUGUAGUUCCCUCGAAACAAUGCUUGUGUCUCCAUAAUUUCAUUAAAUAAACGUGUUUUCACAGGUUUCCCACCGAAGCUAUCGCACGGUUAACAAAAGACUUAAUGCAUGGCUGAUCGUCAACAAAACGGAGUCUCGAGUGAGUCUGGGCGAUAGCCUGUAAAACCUCUUCAUUUUAUGAAAUUGUUGAAAUUCAAGCCUUAUUUCAAAUAACCAGAACUUUGUUAUUUCUUGACCAUUUUCUGUAGAGGUAUCAAAUUAAAGAGCAGAUAUUGAACUUUUUGAAAAUGUGGUUUUCUUUUUGAAACCCAGAUACAGCCCGCCAAAUUACUUUUUGGUAUCCCCUCUUCAAAUUGUUUUUGCUCACUCAUGCGUGAAUGAGAAAUAAUCUUGGUAAUUUCAGAUGAAAGAGGAGAUUCUAAGCUUUACAAUGGUAGGUCAUUUGUAUAUUGUAUUUGUGAUUAAGUUUUGAAAAAUCUCGGUUUCGUUUUUUGUGGGACGCACUAUAUAACCAUGGUUUUACAAAAGAAUAAAAUCAAAAGCGCAAUAUUCAUGUACAAUCAUAAUGCUCUGAAAUUUCAAAAAAUGUCCAUGCAUUACGAAGUUCGUUUUAUUCCUUAAAAUAAUUUGUGGUCAUGCAUCCCUAUUUGGGAGUUUGUUUCAAUCACUAUACUUAUUUACACUAAGUGGUGUUAUUGUUAACACCCAGGAGUUAUUUAGGUUUAUCACUGUUAUGUGCAUUAAUAUACAGAUCACCGAUUUAUAUCAACUUGAUUUACAUGCUAUUUUAACAGUUAACACAGAUUAAUAUCAAUUUAAUGCUGACGCCAGAUGGCGCUAUAUAAUAAGACAUUGAAGUGCCAUAUUUAUUAACGAUAGUGAGCCAUUGAUCAAACCUGGUCAAACCGUGUCCAGUAGUGUCAUCUCUCUCCUCCCCUCUCCCUCUCUAUCAUCUCCCCCUCUCUCUAUCCCUCCACCUCCCUCCUCUCUCCCUCCCUCCCUCCCUCUCUCUCAUAUCAUUUAGCCUACAUCAAGAAAUGACAAUAUCGUGACUAUAUCUCAAAUGGUUAUCUGUGAAAUGCAUCAUACUGGUAUUUAUUUCACAUAAUACAUUUUUUUAAUUAAAAAGUACACAAUAUGAAAAUGUAAAAAAAAUAUAUAUAUUCCUCAAAUAUGUUAUGAACGUAUCAUAACAAUUUUUUUUCUCUUUUUAGGCAAUCAAUGAAAAAAUGCAAUAGUGAUAGUGGACAGAAGUAGUAAUGGUGAAAAGCCUGUAGCAAAGAGUCUCUCAUUCCUUUCACUUAAAUCAAUUAGCGAAAUAGUAUCUAAUGUAAGCCUAUAUCUUGGAAAGAGUAAUGGUUCUUGAAUUACAAUGUCAGUUGCAAUAUUCAAUAUGCAAUAACUGUCAGGAAGAUCUAUAAAUCACUGAAAAUAUUAAUCUCAAUGGUGUGUAAACAUGAAAAAAAAAAUCUUUAUUCCAUGAUUACAAAAAUUUUACUUUAUUUUUCUUGUCGUUGCUGAUGCUACGAUGAAGGUCUGACAAAGCUUGCAGCCUUGAAAGUGA